CUUUAGCCAAGGUUUGCUGGUUAUGGUGGUGUGCUGGCGAUUUCAUUUUCACGGACACGAAUUGAUCUCCGGUGUUGCGUUGUUUCCCCUCUAGCUGAUGCACCAUGUAGUUGUUCGUUUUCCUUGCAGUGAGGAUUGCGCUGUCUUCUACUUCUUUGAAAGGAUAGCGUCUUAUUAGUUCCUGUGGGCGGCUUCUCACGACUGUCAUAAUGCAGCACGGUACUGUUCACAGCUUUCGUCAGUUCGAGCACCCGGAUUGGGAACUUGAAGUUCAUUGAACUGAGUUUGUCCACUGUGGAGUGCGAGGCAACAACUGGCCAGCACGAGUUCAAGAUAAAACCAUGUCAUCUCAUGUGAAGCGGGAUGCAUCAUAUCGCUCUUACGAUUCAGAGUGGGAAGCCAAAGAGGAAGUCCGGCUUCGAGAAUUGGAAGAGGCUCGGGCUCGGGCAGCUCAGAUGGAGAAAACCAUGCGUUGGUGGUCGGACUGCACAGCUAACUGGCGUGAAAAAUGGAGCAAGGUACGUACAGAACGGAACAAAGCGCGGGAGGAAGCGCGUCUCCUCAGGGCCCGUGUGGAUGCAGCAACGAAGGAGGCUGCGGCCCUCAAGCGUGAAAAGCAUGAACUGGAAGCAGAAGUUGAUCAGCUACGCCGGGAGUUCGAAUACUUGCGAACUGCGGAGAGCAGCAAUAAAAGCAGGGAGACAGAGGUGCUGGCAUCUUCAAGCAGCCCAUCGUCCCAUGUAGAACGAGAGCACCUCGACCAGGAUUCAAGCAGCAGUCUCCCAUCUCAGCUUGAUUCUGACUCGACAGACCAGCAGGCGGCAUUACUACAGCUGCGCCUGGACGAAGCUACAAAGCUGCUCCACGCCGAAAGACAGGAGAAAAGCCAACUGACCAAAGCACUUGAGAAGCAAAUGGCUGAGCUUGGACAGCUGCGGGCAAAAUAUGAUGAGCUUCGAAAAUCUCGCCAGGACACACUCAAAGAGCUUAAUCAAGUGAGAGCAGAGCACCAAGAUGAGCUGGAGUGUAUACUUAUUGACCUGGAAGAUGAGGCAAGUGGUCGUACGUGUUUGGACAAGCGAAUGACUGAGCUCAGGGCUCAGCUGGUGCAGCUGCAAGGUGAGAAUGCUGCAGAAUGGGGUCGACGAGAGCGCCUGGAGACAGAAAAGUUAGCUUUGGAGCGGGACAACAAAAACCUGCGUGCAUCGCUGCAAGAAAUGCACGAGUGUCUGCAGCGUAAGACCCAGUCUCCUACGACAAACCCUGACCAAAAGACACUUCAGGCUGAGCUGCAGCAUCGUACAAAGGAACUACUUGACCUCAAGCAUGCUCAUAGCAAGCUGAAGAAAGUUCUCCAGGAGAAAAGUACAGAAUUGUCUCAUGCACUGCGACGAUCAGAACAGUAUGAGGCAGAGGUGAAGAAGCUUCGAGGGCGUAUUGAUGAACUCAAGAAAGAACUCGCAACUGCUGAGGAUGAGGCUGACACUGCCACCAACAGUAUUCGCAAACUUCAGCGCAGUAAUGAUGAGCUGCAGGAGCAGAUUGAAACACUGCAAAUGCAGCUGGAGCACUUACAGACAAGCGAACAAGAAUGCUUGGUUUCAUCGAUUCACUUGGACACUGUCAAGGCUGAAGAACAGUGUGCCACACAAGCUUCACAGCCUGCACCAUCUGAGCAGCCGAGGCGAGCAGGCAGCUGACUUGCUCAGCGAAGAUGAAGUUGGAGAGGGUUGACAACCUUCUUGACACCUCUGAAGAUAGGCUUUCAUGACUGCAGAAUAGCUUUAGUGCUGCUCGUGCAGCUCGCAGGUGGCAUGUACUAUAUCUAUAUAUAUGUAUAUAUGCAGGUGAUUUGUCUAAACAAUUAUAUGAAGGAAUUCAGGCAUAGUACAUUUCGUGCAGCAAGAUAUCUAUGUGUACAAAAGAUUCAGCUAACUUGUUGGCUUGUUACAUGAAGUGCACUAGAUUAGACUCUCUUGCAGAACAUGAUAAUACUACAUAGGAAAUUCAUUUCGUCUUACCAGAAGGCUAGCGCAAAAGAAGUGUGUCAGAUGUAUGGAAAUCUCACAUUUUAAGCUUCUAGUAAGCUGCUGAAUGUUUUCCUCAUCUGGUUAAAUUAUUUAAGACAUGGUAAAAAGAAACUUAAAGGUAUAGUUCAUCCAAUGCUUUCAUUUAAUUUUUUAUGCAUUUUGCAUCAGUAUCCCUCAUUUCAUUUUAUCAAUUUUAAACAAAUUUCCUUAGUUAGACCUUAGUUGUGCUGCAAGAUAGGAGCAAGCAAAGUAAUGCAAGAUUGGUUAUGAUGGCUGCCUGGUAAAUAACCUAAAGAGACCCCACAGAAAUGCUUAAUGAAGGUUUAAAAUGUUUUGGCUGUGAAGCAACACAUUGCAAAUCUUCAUUGGUGAUUUUUCAAAACUGUUUUGUAUCAGCAGAAUUAUAGAAGCAUCACAAGUAGCUGUUCAACUAUGUACGCUUGGAUGUGUGUAUCUUUCUGCUACAGAACAAUACUCAUAGUAUUUAUGAGCAGGGGCACAUCUUCAUGCCAAAUUUUUUUAUUCAAGUGCCUAAGCCGGUUACUAGACACAUGGCUCACUAUGUUCACUUAGUUUACCUUUUCCACUGCUAUGUUUGGUACAGCUUUCACCAUUUAUGCCAUUGAAGGAGCCCAUUGAAUAGCAGCCAUUGCUUGUGAUGCCAGAGGCUACAAAGUGUGGUGCGAAAUUUCCGGAGGCAAGCUCAUCUUCUUUAGCAAAUUUUCUUGUUAAACAGCACAAAACCAGACAAAGGAUGCAAAAAGGGGACGUAGACAAGUGCUUGCCUUCAUUAACCCUUUGAGGGUCAAUUUUUUUCGCCAUAUGCGACUGCCCAGGGUCUAUUUUCUUUAUUGCAAAUUCCAAUUAGUAUACUUAGGAACGUAUGUGUAAAAAAAUUUACCGUAAUUUUUCUAGGGUGACCGUAACGUGAGAAAAAAAUAUUUUACGUUGGUAUAUAUAUGUACUCUUCAUUCAUGAAUAACAACAAUAAAAAAUGAAAUAAACUUAUAAGAAUUAAAAAUUUGAUGCAUUGUUAUACACACAGUUCAAGGUUUUGAAAAUGCGCACACGAGAAUAUUUCGCAACUCUUACCUGUUCCUGCUCUUACUCUAAUAUUUACGUCCGUAGCGUAAUCGAACUGCGUAGGUGCGCACACUCAGGAAAACUGUGGUUGUGUGCCCGUCAAGAAAGCAAAACGUGUGACAAACUUCCGCUAAUCUUCAUCUUAUCGCCAACCAGAGGCAAUUUUCGCGAGUGUCCAAAAAAAGGAAGCAACGGAAACGCAUGCACGGCGGCAUCCUUCCUAUGCGCACCCUUGUGAGCACUAAACGAGCGAGAAACAAGCAGUAGCCCUUUGAGCGAUUAGUAACGAGAUAACCAUCAGUUUUUCAAGCGCAAGAAGCUGAAACCGCCAGCGGAACAAAACCCAAGCUGCUGCCCGCCCACCCGCGCGUCAAUAGCGCGAGCGGUAGUAUAUAGACUCACGGGAGCAAACUAGCUUUAAAACAAACCAUGCGACAAAAACCGAGAGAUGAAGGCACGCGAAAAAAAUUCCCUGUAUUCCCACAUAGUGGCAGCACAUGAUAGAAAAAGAAAGUUAGGAAAUUGGUGUGCUUUUUAAAUGUACACACAGCGCCGUAAAUAUACGGCAUCGACUAUAUUUGGACUUGUUCGUGGUGCCAUAUAUUUACGUCAUUGACCCUCAAAGGGUUAAGAGCUUCUCUGCAGUGUGUGAAAGGAUUAAUAUUUUGCUCAAAUGUUAAAGGGGUCCUGAACCACUUGUUAUCGAAGUGCAGAAACAUUUGAAGUCAAAAUAGGCUAUUUCAGAAAUACUUUGCUGCAAGAACACUUCAAUGCGUUCAUCAAAAGCGGACUUAUUGGCAAUCAAACACGGCCUCUGCUGUGCUCCGUUCCUUGUUCAAUGACUUGCACUGCGAAGGCUAGGGCACAGUGGGGCAAGCUCACAACACCCGUCUUCUAAAUGUCACUGUGGCACACAGUUCAAAUUUCAUUUUGGAUGUUAACAUAGGCUCCACAACUUCCGCCUUUGGUGCCUACGACGUGCUAAACAUAAGCCCAAUGCGGUUGUCCUCAGCGAGCCGCAGUGCACUUAGCCAGUGGACUUGUGGCGGCACCCCGCGGCAGCUGCGGUACCUACGCCGUGUAGCUGACCGCAGCUUGAUGUCAGCUAUCGGCCAAUAGCAGCCAUCUAAGGGAAUGAUGAAAUAAGGCAUCCGAUGACGAAAUAAAGCAUCCAGAAGAGAGUGAGGACAGGGCCUUCUGUUGAAAAGAGAGCGUUUGAGAGAAAGGUGACUUUGCAAUCUGCUUUUGGGUUCACGCACCUCAUAUGACAGCAAAACUUGGCUGAGAUGUUCACAACAGUGUAUGCUACCCCGCGGACUAUGUUAUUUCACCACUUCCGAGCGGUGGUUCAGGGUCCAUAUGAAAAGGUGCUGACUCAAAAAUGUUUUCUUUUUUCUCUCUUUUUCCUUCCUUCUGUUAAAUUGUUGCUAGACUUUGUAAUUACAAUAUGGAGCCUUAAGUUCUAGGAUUCGCAUGAGAUUCUCAAUUAUGUUGUCUAUUAAUGCGACCAGUUUAAAACGCAUGCUAAGUGGAGUUAGGCUUUGCGUUGUAGGAUGUAUUGAGCAGGACUUCAUCAUGUGUCACAGAAAUAUGUGUGGUAGUCAAGUGGUAUCAUAAGCAGCUAACGUAUGCAUCAGUUGGCCUGGUGUGGCGGUCGCAGCCACACCUGUCCAUGUUGCCCAAACCUGGGCACACACUUCAUGGGCCAUUCUUUCCUCCUCAACACUGUGCUUCUUUGCAUUCAACAUGAGAUCAGCCUCGCCCUCUGCUGUCACUAUUAUCUUAUCUCCCCUGUUAUCAUAUUGAGUGCCUAAUGCGCUCAACUUAUGGCAAGAUGAUCAAAAUGUGGCUUGCGACCACUGCAUCAGGCUGGCCAACCCGUGCGUCAGCAAUUUGUGACAAUAUCUGGUCACCACCUCCACUUCCCAUGAUGUAUGGAGGAGUGCUGCUCACACACCCGAAGGCAUGGUCCACUUAAUGUGCGUUUUAAUUUGGCUGUUUUAAAAGGUAGCGUAAUUGGCGAUUUGUUGUAUGUCUAAGGAAUUGAAGUGAUAACAUGAAUGUGGAGUUGGCAGCUAAUCAAACAAAAAAAGCAAGACAUAAACAUGCAGAUCCAGUGCACUGUUUGAGUCUAAAUGACUCAAAGCUUGUUUGAGUUAGCAAAGUAGCAGCAGUAGCUGAUGACCUGGGCACAGCAUUAUCACUUGUAGCAGUUAGCUGUCUGUGCCAUGAGGAGAAAAGUAGUGUAUGAUGCUUGUCAAGGAAAGAUUGAUAAGAGGAGUAUGCACAGAGAAGUAUGAUACAUAUCUAAAUACAUUUAAGACUUCUAUGCCCCUUGUGUCAUAGUGACACAUACUCAUUCUGAAGGUGUGGCCAAGAAUGGGCACAUACCUAGUGACCCCAGUCGUUACUUGACAAGAUACACCCACAACAUGUGGGAAGAGAGAAAGGAAGCUAAAAGCAAGACAGAAGUUUUGUGUCAGUGCUCCUUUAAUGAUCAUGCAAUGUAAUUAUGUGGUGGGUUGUUAUGCAUGUCCAAAAAAUGAAGGGGGGAACAAGGACAGUGCCAAAGCUGGAAACAAAAGUGUGGACACAUACAACUGUCUUUCUUUCUUGCUCUUCUUUCAGACACAGCUUCCAUGUUGUGCAAAACAGAUUGGAUAAUUUGGCUUAAAUACUUUCAGUUUCAAUAGGUUAUUCCUUUAAUAAGUAGGUAUACAUGUUUACACAAGUAUACAGAAGGGCACAGAGAAGUAUGAUGUCAUUGUUGAUGUCAUUGUUGCCUGUGCAUUUGUGUUGACUUGUGAUACACAUGACACACUGAGGAGCCAGGAUAUUUAUUUGAUGAAGACAUAUGGAUAUUGUGAAGACAUUCUUAAGAUGUGUGCAUGUUGUUGUCUAGCAAAAAAAAAGCUUUCUGGGGUGUACAGCUUUCAUGUGAGCAUAUAUAAUGUUUUCUUGUGGGAACAAGUAGCAGACAUGUGCUAAAUCUGUUAGUGCGCGUCUGCCCACUUAAUUCCAUCACUGUCUUUUCAAUAGUGGUUAUAUGUGCUGAAACACUGAAUUUUGUCAGCCUUAAAAUUGCACUCUCCAUGAGACAGUCUGGUUUAGUUGUACUAUAGUGCAAAAAAUUAUCUGCAGCCGUAUUUAUUGUUCUGAGCUAUAUUCAUCACAAAGUAGCAAAUGUUAUCCAUUGUGCGUUGCCAUUGGUAUUGAGCUAUCGAAUGUGGUUUUUUCAUAUUGAGUUUUUUGGUGGCGUGAAAAAUGUUGCUUGUGUAAAAAGGUGGAUGGUGGUUGACUCACUCUGCAUUCACUUGGCCUUAUUUAUGGCAGCAAGUGUACAUCAAUGUUGCUCAUUUUUGUAGGCUCCCUUCUCAGGCUAGAACAUGCUAUUGAUGUAGUGACAGUUGUGGCGAAAUGAUCACCGAUUGUUCACGCGGAGUUGGCUUGGUGGACCAAAUAGUAUGUUCAUUGCCUGAGAGAUGGUACACAGGGUCAAUUUCUGUAGAGGUCACAGGUCAUUUUAAUUUAGGGCCUGUGUGCCUGAGUCCUUUACUUUCAUGGAUUAUUUUCCAUCACCUGCUGUGGAUGAAACCUUGUGCAUACAAAUCUGAAGAUAAAUUGGAGGCUGUUUGAAGCAGGUGGUCCAUCAAUUUGAGCUCAAACUACUUGGUUAGCCCAAUUCCGAGGUAUAUUUAUUAAAAACUACUGACUGCUUUAAACUGUAUUUUUGUCUAAAAUGUGAAAAUUUAAAUUGUGCAAGUGUGGCAUUAUGUCCACUAGCAGGCAGUUAAAUAUUAGUGAAUGUCACAUUCACCUUUUCUCUGCUGUUCCUUCACAGUGUGUUUCACUUUCCAAAUAAAAAUAAAAAUCGAAAAUGCAA